UGCGCUGACAGUUCCCCUGUGCAGCAGCGGCAGCAACAGCAACAGCCGCAGUCAAACGUCACGCAAACAACAAACAAAGAGUUGCUAAUAUCACUGAACAAACAAACUACGUUGCAGUUUCAUAUUUCACAUUUUAUUGCCAGCGCAACAAAAUUGAAUACAAUUUGUUUUGUGAUACGAAUAUUGUAGCCGGCGGUGAUUCAGUUUGGACACUUGCCUCGCUUCCAGCUCGACUGACAGCAUAUGUUUGUUUGUCUGUGCCUGUGUAUAUGUGUGUGUGUGUUCGGUUCGUGCGCGCAAACUUGCGUAUGUGUGCAAAAACAAAGUGCGAUAAGGGAAAACGAAUUCUUCAAUCAAAACUUCAUAGGAAACUAGCAGAUAAAGAGCCUUCACUCUGCAACCGCAAGGGGCCGCCAACCGCGAAUAGUUUUUUCUACAUUAUUAGCUACGCCAGCGUUACAGUGAGCGCUACCUGUUGAUGAACACCCUACAAAUACCUGCAUUUGUCUCAAUAUAGAAAGAAGUAGCUACACGAUCUGCCCCCUGGACGUGUGCAGCUGCUUUAUAGAGAAGCUUGGGCCAGUCGAUGAGACCGUCAGCAUCGAGAACGCGCAAAAUGAGUAACAGCUAUAACGAUAUACCCAUCGGGAUACGCGUGCUGCAGAGCUUCUCGCGGCAAUGUCCGCGAUUUCAUGCGCGCAAGGAGCUGUGCUACAAGAUGUCCAUAUUUUUGCUCACAUUCCUUGCCUAUGCCUGCUAUCACAUGUCCCGCAAGCCGAUCUCAGUGGUCAAGUCCGUGCUGCAUGGGAAUUGCUCGAAUACGCAGGCAAGGCUGCACGAGGCUGGCGAUUGCGGCUAUGCGCCAUUUGAUGGCUCCGACUCGAAGACGCUCUUUGGCAUGCUGGACUCGGCCUUUCUGUUCUCGUACGCCAUUGCCAUGUUCAUGUCGGGCUUCAUAGCGGAGCGCGUCUCGUUGCGCUAUUUUCUGUCCAUGGGCAUGAUUAUGACGGGCGUGUUCACCUAUCUGUUCGGCCUGGCACGCACCUCCAAUAUACACAGCCUCAGCUACUUUAUAUUUGUGCAAAUCUUUGCCGGCAUAUUCCAGACCACAGGCUGGCCGGGCGUUGUCACGCUAGUGGGCCGUUGGUUUGGCAAAGAGAAACGCGGCCUGAUAUUUGGCAUUUGGAAUAGCCACACAUCCAUUGGCAAUAUUCUGGGCACACUAAUUGCGGCGCACUAUGUGGAAAAGGAUUGGGCCCUGUCCUUUGUUGUGCCUGGCAUUAUCAUUGGAGCUGUCGGCUUUCUGCUCUUUCUGUUUCUGGUUGAUCAGCCAGAGAUUGUUGGCUGUUAUCCACAGCAUGUCACACAUGAGCGUCGCAAUGUGGCCAAUGAAUCGGAUGUGGACCAUGACGAUGAUGACGAUGAGGAACAGGCGCGUCACACCGAAGCCUUUUAUGCCCAGUCCGUUUAUGCCGCCCAACAAACCGAUCAGGUUAGCUAUCGCCCAGCGCCCACCGAACGCACCCCCAUCCUGUCACGGCAGCCGUCUAGGGAACGCCCAGCCGGACAUGGCCGUCCCAUUAGCUUGGUUGAUGCGCUCUAUAUACCCGGCGUGGUUGAGUUCUCGCUCUGCCUGUUCUUCACCAAGCUGGUCAGCUAUACGUUCAUGUACUGGCUGCCGCUCUAUAUACAGUCUUCCAGCACCUUGGGUCCAGAGCUGUCCGCCGAUCUGUCUACGCUGUUCGAUGUGGGCGGCAUAUUGGGUGCCAUAGCCGCCGGCUAUGUAUCUGAUCUGACGGGCAUGUCGGCCACAGUGUGCACAGUAAUGUUGUUCUUUGCGUCGCCCAUUCUGUUAAUGUAUCAACAGUAUGGCGCAUUGUCCGUCACAAUUAGCGUGCUUCUGCUCAUCAUUGUGGGCAUCUUUGUGAACGGGCCGUAUGCAUUAAUAACGACCUCAGUCAGCGCUGAACUGGGUCAGCACAGUUCCUUGGAGAGUAAUUCGAAUGCCCUGGCCACGGUUACAGCUAUUAUAGAUGGCACGGGCUCCAUUGGCGCGGCAGUGGGUCCGCUGCUGGCCGGUUUGAUCUCCAGCCACAGCUGGCAGAAUGUCUUCUAUAUGCUCAUCGUGGCGGACAUCAUUGCCAUGCUGUUGCUCAUGCGUCUGGUCGUCAAGGAAUGCACCACGUUGCGUCGCUCAACGACCCGCAUUCGCAUCGAAUAGCAGCGGGCGAAUUAAUUUUAUUCAAUCGGAAUUUAAUAUAAGCAUAUGUAUAUAUAGCAUUGUAUUACAUGCGUGCACACACACA